AUGCAAGCCCUAAACCUUUUCAAGAUGGAAUGGGCCAAGGCGGUUCAGCUCAUCGAGGUUGGGCUGGACGACUUAGAGACGGCGGCAUUGGUGGCAGAUUGGCAGCAUAGGAAUGGAAGGUACUUCGUGUUUGAACAGCCGGAUGGAGCUCGGUCUUGGGCAGAAGCUUGCAUUGAAAGGUUGGUGAGGAUGCCAGGGAUAUGGAGAACAAGGUGUGACAUGUGCGCCUAUGGUAUGGCAGUAGGCGAUGAAGGCUUCAACUUGAAGCCCACUGGUAUCAUGACCAACUCCUCAUGCAUUUCCAGAAGAAUGAGUCGAAGAUGUCCAGGACACCAUCAGCAUGAGGCACUGCUUGGUGGAAAGGCACGGAAGGCGCAAGUCUAUCCAAAGGAGUUCUGUGAGCAAAUCAUCAAAGGAAUCAAAGAACAGAUGCGUCAGGAUGGAGGUUGGCAAUGCGCCAGCAACUAUGUCUUUGCCGCAGAGGACGAUGAGGUAGAAGAUGAAGAAGAGCUUGCCCCAGAAGACAGCAAGCCUGAGGAGGUUAUCGGAGAGAAGGGAGGAGCCGACAGUCUGAGCGCUCAAGAACAGGCGUCGGUCCUAAAGCUUCACAAGGGCAUUGGUCAUCCACCUUUGGCAGAGUUUAUCCGCUUCAUGAAGGCAGCAAGAGUGCGAAGUGAGGUGGUGCGUUGGGCGGCAAAGAACUUUCGGUGUGAAAGCUGUGAGGCCAGGUCUCGAACAAAAGCAGUGAGACCAGCCACCAUCCCAAAGACCUUUCAGCCAAACAAAGUCAUUGGAGUUGACCUGAUUUACAUACCUGCAGUUGGAGGACAGCAACAGGUGCCAGCAUUGUCCAUUUUGGACUGGGGAACUAACUACCAAAUGGUGGAACUGAUUCCCAACAAAGAGCCAGGCACGGUGUGGCGGACACUGUGGAGCUGUUGGGCAAGAGUUUUUGGUCUUCCUGAAGUAGUCGUCUGCGACGCAGGAAAGGAGUUUGCCUCCGAGUUUGUGAAAACAGCCUCCGCAAAUGGAAUUGUGAUUUACCAGAUAGGGGCUCGGGCGCCUUGGCAGAAUGGCAAGACAGAGCGCCAUGGUGCACACUUUAAAGAGCUGCUGGAGAAGGCCAGAGCUGAGAUGGUGGUCACUGAGGAGGCGGAAUUGAGGAGACUGAUGCAAGAGGUUGAAAGUGUGAAGAACAGGUUUUCCAACAGAUCAGGAUUUUCUCCCAUUCAACGACAAAUUGGCCAAUGGCCAAGGGCGCCCACCGAGAUCACUUCAGACGAGGUGAUUGACCCAACGCUGGUGGCAGGUGCCUUGGUAGAUGAUGUCGAACGAAUAUGGGAGAUGCGAAGAUUGGCCCAGAAAGCCUUUGUCGAGCACAACGCUCGAGCAGCAGUUUCCAAAGCUUUGAGGGCUCGCAGCCGAACAUCUGUUGAAUACCAACCUGGAGAUUUUGUGUAUGUGUACCGGGUCCACCGCCAAAGAAAGCGAAAGGUCGGUGGAGUCGUGGACAUUGACCACGCCAAGAACAAACCUACAUGGGUCGGCCCUGGAACGGUGGUAGCACCAGAUGGUGCAAACCUUUGGAUCACAGUUUGGGGCGAGCUUUGGAAGGUUGCAAAAGAACAGUGCCGCUUGGCUACAAACAUGGAGAAGCACGGCGUUGAACUUGUGCUUAGGGAGUGCAAGGAUUUAGUUGAAGAAUACAAGAAGACCUCCAAGAGGGCAGGCUACAAAGACAUAACCAACGAACCUUUUCCUGAGGAUGAAGAGGGGAUGCUGGAAGAUCAGCCAGAACAUCAAGAUGAGGAUCAUGCCCCGAGACAGGUCAGGUUCAACGACAUAGCAGAGGAAGAAGGCUACUCCCCAAGCAUUGCGGAAGAUGAUCCGCCAGCGGCAGAAGUGAGGAGAGCUUCCAACUCUUCAAGGCAAACCAUUGAAGAGCCAGAGUUUGAGCGCAGUGAUGUUCAGUCAAUUGGCAGCGGACAGAGCAUGGAGUCCACAGACUCCGGCAAUACUCCACAGUCCCAGUCUGCUCCUCAAGUACCAGAUCACCAGCCCACUCUGGAGCAGGUUCAAGACCCAACUUUUAUGGAAAGGGUGCAGGAAUCCACAGCGAGUGCCAAUAGGUUGGAUGGGAUUCCAUCCAACGCUCCAGCGCCAGUCAGAGGAUGGAGGAUCAGAGAAAAUCGUACUGAUCCCUAUUUCACUGAGUUUUGCUGGGUAGAAGAGCGCGAAGCAGAGGAGUUUGAACUGGAAAGGGCCCGAGAGAGGGCAAGCUUUUUGGUCCAAAGUGCAGCACCAACAAAACGGCAAGAUUUUUGGGAAAUUGAUGUUAAAAAGGGGCUGGCAGUCAAGCAUCAUGUGAGAAAGAGACAAGCACUUUUCAGUCCCAAGCAUGAUCACAGUUUGCCUUUUGCAUUGGACAAACUGUCCGAAAAGAGAUACACUCAAAUCAAUUAUCUCGCCAACCGUCCAGCCGAGACAAUCGAAGACAGCUGGAUCAAGAAGGGAUCUACAGCCAAGCGCGAGACAUGGUGGACCGGUACCUCCACCUUCGCGCUCAAGAAGAAGGCUGAUGGCGAGGAGGUAGAGGCUCUCAACGUUUUGGCAACUGAAAAGAGAAGGUCAGAUGAUGUAGACAUGAGAAAGGAAUGCAAGAAAGAUUUGGCAGAAUGGAGGAUUGCAGAUGCAGAGGAAUGGCAGAAGGUGACGUCCACCGACGCAGUCAGAGUUUUGUCCUUAGAAGAAUCUAGGCAGGUCAAAGCUCAACUUCAGAAGGAGGGCAAGAUUGACAGGAUUUUGCCAACCAAAUUUGCCAGAAGGUACAAGCCGGCAGAGCAACCCGGUCAACCUGCGGUGAAAAAGAGUAGGCUUUGCAUUCGUGGAGACCUAGAUCCGGACAUAUUGACCUUGGAGAAGUUUUCACCAACUGUCAACACAAUGAAUCUUGCAGUCAUGUUUCAAAUCGCCGCCAAUGAGAACAUGCUAGGACAGAUUGGAGACCUCAAGAAUGCGUUUUGCCAAAGUGGGAAGUUGGAGCGGAAGAGUGGCAAGCUGUAUUUUCGCAUGCCGGCUGAAGGAAUUGAUGGAGUUUCAAGCGAGCAGCUGGUCGAAAUUGUUGCAGGUUGCUAUGGGCUCGUCGACGCUCCUUUGCACUGGCGUCGCUCUCUCACCGAUUUCCUCAAGUCCCUUGGCUACAUCCAGAGCCGUUUAGAUCCAUGUCUCUUCAAACUGUAUGAUGAUCAGAAAAUCCUGCAGGGCAUGAUAGCCAUAGAGGUAGACGAUCUCUUCAUGGUAGGACACAGUUUUCAUUUGGAGAAGAUCCAGCAGUUGCGUGAGAAGUUUGUCUUUGGCAAGUUUGUGACGUUGAAGGAGACUCCAGAUGGAGCUGCUUUCAAUGGUAGAAGAAUCAAACAAUUGCAAAAUGGAGAGUUUCAGAUUGACAUGCAGAAGUUUGUUGAAGAGCGUUUAGGAGAACUGGUUUUGGAAAAGGGCAGGGCAUCUCAGAGAAAGGCCGAGGCCAACGAGAAGGAAGUCAGUCAAGCUAGGGCAGUUUGCGGUGCACUGAACUGGUUAGCAAAAGAGGGAAGACCUGACGCAGCAGGGCCAUCAAGUCUCAUGUCAUCAAAAUUAGCCACUUUGAAGAUUGAAGACAUCCUGUUGCUCAACGAGGUGGUUAGGAAUUUGAAGAAAACAUCAAAACUUUCACUUCGUAUUCAACCCCUUCGCAAAAUGAAGUUCAGUGUCGUCAGCGAUGCCUCAUUUGGAAAUGAUCAAAUGCAUUCACAAGGUGGUCAAAUGAUCUUGUGCCAUGAGGAUGGACUGCAGGAGAAUCAGCGCGUGCGCGCCAAUCUUCUGUGCUGGCGAAGCAGCCGCUUGCAGCGUGUCGUAAACAGCACACUGGCAGCUGAGACCCAAAGUCUAUCUCGUGGACUGGGAGAUUUAUUGUGGGUGAUGGUCCUGUUUGAGGAGCUACGAGACCCUGAUUUCUCCAUUCGAGAUUGGCCCCAACGACUGAGCGGCAGUGAGGUUUUGGCUUUGGCAUCUACUUCAUCUUCUGAGAGGCUUAAAGGUAGUUUGGCGAUAGUUGACGCGAAGAGUCUCUAUGACCAACUGUGCAAGGAAACAAUCGGUGGCCAAGACAAGCGAACGGCCAUUGAAGUACAGAUAAUUCGUGAGGAUUUGAACAGCCUAUCGGGCAAAGUCCGGUGGGUGGACCACCAAGCUAUGGUGGCUGACACACUUACAAAAGUCAAGGGUUCAUGCGAGUCUUUGUAUAGAUUGCUUGCGUCUGGGGAGUUUCAACUGGUGGCAGAAGAAGACCACUUAAGUGCAAGACAUCAGGCAAAGGAACAAGGGCAGACCAAUACGGAUCUGCGCCGGUUUGGAGUCAACAAGAUUUUGGGGAGCUGUGAAACGAUUGAAACGAAGGAACCACACUUGACUCCAAACCAUCCUGAGACAGCUGCUAAGCAGGCUCUCGCAUUGGCACGAGAGGUCAGGGACAUUGACAUGAUUGGCCAGGUGCUUCAGGUUCUCAUGCAGAUCAGUGGGCAGGAGCUGUUCUGGGGUGAGCUCAUGAUGGCCAAGAAAGUGGGAGACCGGAAGAGGGAGGCACUUACAGAGGGAGGCAUUCGCUCAACUAAAGAUGGCGGCCGCGAUGGCUAUGCAGGACAGACCACGGGAAGCCAUUCGCAGAGCCACCGAAGUGAUGGAGCAGCUGCGCCAGGCAAGGCAGCCGUGCAUUGGGACACGUUGUCACGACCGUUGUAUGCCCCUAAUAUCAAGCAAUGGUUUCUGCGGGAUGUUCGUGGGUUGUACUCAGUGGAGGCUGCCUAUCUCCUUGUUGAGCUGCAGUGCCAGGCAAAGAGGACUAUGGAUGCCAAACGGUCUGCAAAGGAUGUGCAGCGGCUCUUCAAAGAGAUCGGUGAUACCAAGGGUGCUGUGAACGUUCUGCAGUACCUGACCUCUGUGUUUUUGGAGGCUGGUGAGCAGCACGAGGCAAUCCAAGCUGCUCGAGACCAGGUGAAGGUCUUCAGAGAAGCUGGUUUCAAGGAAGAAGAGGCUUCUGCGACAUUGGGCUUAGCGGAGAUGACCCAACAGACAAUGGGACCAAGAGACGCGCUCCGCCUGUGCAAAGACGCGGCGUCUAUGUUCAAUUCUGUCGGGGACAUCGGUGGAGAAGCCCGCGCAUUGGCUCAAUGCACCCAGCUGCAUGUUUCCUUGAAGUCAAACAGCACGGCCUCAGAGACAGCAAAACGAGCGGAGGAGUUGGCACGAAGUUCUGGAGAUGCCAAGGUGUUGGCAACGACCCUUCAGGCUUGUGCAGAAGCUUACACCGGCACAGAGAGGUUUGCCGAGGCACUGGAUUUGGCCAAAGAAGCCCUACAGCUGGUAGAGAAGGCACCUGUGAAGGAUGAAGCCGCUAAAGCUUCUGCGCUCGCGUGCCUGGCUUCGGUACACCUCCAGACUGGUCAUCAUGAUGUGAACCACCCUGGAAUCCGCAGCCGACCCCGUGGGUUGAAGGAGGCUGUCAAGGUCAGUGAAGAUGCCUUGGCCAUUCACAGAACGCUCAAUGACCAGUCUGGAGAGAUUGGCGGAGUCCAACGGAUUUUCCACGCUCAUUUGCUUGGACAAGAUGGACCCAAUGCACUGCGCUACGCUCGUGAAUACAUGGAGCUUGCGCAACGCAGUCCACAAAAAGAGAACUUGGGACCUGCUUUGGUCUCCCUGUGCCAGGCUCAUUUUCUGUGUCGCAACUACGAAGAGGCCGAGCGUGCCAAUUUGGAAGCACGAGCCAUCUUUGAGAAAGCUCGAAGCCGCGAGAACUUGGAGAUCUGUGACCAGAUUAUGAGUGAGUUGAAGCAAGAUAUGGAGCGUUCACAGCGCCCUACUCAGCCCAUGGGCAAGGCGAACACCACGCAGGGAGCUGGCUUCGGGUACAACUCGCUGUUGCCAGAGCGACAAGCCCGAUCACAAGGAAAUGGCAUCCAGGCUGGCGGCUUUGGCGUCCCAGCCGGUGGCUUCAGUAGCAGUGAAUCCACUGCUGCUGCCAGCGAAAUCAAACCCGCGGAACGGAAAAGCGAGCGGUCCAAUGACCCGAGUGCUAAGGGCUUCUCCGAAGGAUUAAGAGGAGCCUUCACAAACCGAAACUCAACGCCAACAUCCUCCACACCUGAAUCAACAAGGACGCCUUCUUCGCCCACUCCUGCCGCUUCCGCGUCAGCCAGCGCAAGAAAUGGCAGUGACAGAAGCAGCCUUUCAUCUGGAGCCAAUGGCUAUUCCCAGUCUAGCUCCAGCAGAGCAGGCACUGGGGCACCAACUCGGUCUGGAACAUCCUAUGCCAAUGGCUCUGGCGGCUAUGGCAGCUAUGGCGCCCGAAGUGGCUCCAGCUAUGCCAACGGGUCCGGCUCUAGCUAUGGCAGCUAUGGCAGCUAUGCCAAUGGCCAUGGUGCCAAUGCUCGCGGUGUUCCGUCUGGUGGCUUCGGAGGACGUGGUGUCCCUGCUGGUGGCUUUGGGGGACGUGGGGUCCCCGCCGGUGGCUUUGGAGGCACACAAGCUGCGACAUCCCCCGCUGCUGCACCUCGUGACGAGAGGAAAUCCACUCGGAGUGGGGCGUUCUCUGGCUUUGCGGGCAGAGGGCUCGGUCGAGGGGAGGAGUGAGCGGAAAAAUCUGAGUGAUCUGAGUCCAACCACUUGGACUUGCGAUGACAUGCGAUGACUUCUGAUUAUUUUGCAGUGGAUGGAUAUCGAUG